AUGGCUGAUGCAAGCAACGUUAAUGAUGGUGAUGAUGCGGUUAGACAAGAAGCACUUGAGAACAAAGUCAUGGAAGUAACUGAAGGGGUUAUAGAGGCCAAUCUUCCGCGAAUAGCUCAAGAAGUAGAGAGUCGAGUGUUGGGGGUGGUAGAUGCCAUGAUGGCAAGCAGAAUCGAAGAGUUGAAAGAACUAAUUGGAGGGUUUAAAAGUAAAGGCAAUGAACAACGAUGCACAUAUAAAGACUUCAUGGCAUGUAAGCCUACCACGUACGAUGGUAAAAUCGAUCCAAUAAUGUGCCAGAGGUGGAUUUUAAGCAUGGAGGCGGUGUUUAAACGAAGUCGAUGUGAUAAGGAGGACCAAGUGAUGUUUGCUACGGGACAACUCACCUUUCAAGCGAAGGAUUGGUGGGAUGCUUAUAGUAAGGAGAUAGGUGAGGACAGACUUCAGACGAUGACUUGGCAAGAGUUCAAGGAACCCUUCAUGAAGUACCACUGCCCUCAGUCAGCCAUUGAUAAGAUUCAAGAAGAUUUCUUACGCCUCAGGCAGAAAAACGAGACGAUAAAUGAGAUAUCUGGUAUAUUCUUGGAUAAGAUGAAGUUUUGUACGGAGUUUGUGCAGACUGAAAGAAUGAAGAUCAAUCGCUUUUAUGGCAUAUUGAAGGCAGAAUUCAGGGAAUUUAUCACUCCAUCGAAAUGCGAGACCCUCGACGAGCUUAUUAACUUGGCACGGGAUAGAGAAAUUGAGAUAAAAAGGCAAGAAGAGCGUGGUGAGAAGAGGCCAAGUGAAAAGGGUGCAAGUUCGAGUCCAUCAAAAAAGGGAAAGUUUCAAGAUCAUGGAAAGAAAGAUAAGUCAAAAGGUGGAAUAACUCCCUGCAAGACGUGCGGAAAACUCCAUACGGGAGAAUGUUUGUUGGGCAAGAAAGGAUGUUACAAAUGUGGUAAAGAAGGGCAUUCGUCUUAUCAAUGUCCAACUAGUCCGAAGACUUGCUUCAAUUGUUUCGAAAAGGGGCAUAUCAAAUCUGAAUGCCCAAAGCUUCAACAAGAGUCCAGAAAAGAAGAUAAGAAGCAAGAAGGUUCUAGGGCAAAAGGGAGAAUGUUCCAAAUUACGUCUGAAGAGGCCAAGUCUCACCCGAAUGUGAUUUCAGGCGUGAAGGAAGAAGGCUCAAGUGCUAAGAAAACGGAAGGUUCACAAGAUCGAGGUAAAUCCUCGACUUAGGCGAUUGGACGGCUCGGAACGUGCACACUUGGAUUACGCCCGCCUCACGCUUCCGUUAUUAA